ACAGACGAUAAGCGUCUGGCAACGUGGAGACGCAAUUAAACACGUCUAGUGAUUGCGUUCCAUAAUAGUACGUUUAUUACCUAGUAGGUGAGCAGUAAUGAAAGGGGUCUUGUUGAUCGUCGUAGCAGUCAUCCUGCUUGCCACAGGGACUACAGCCUUCUUCUGCGAUGGCAUACCGGCAGGAAUGAGACUACGGUUCCCAUUGCCGGAAAUAUGCAACGAAUACAUUUCCUGCCAUCAUGGCACCGAACACGAGUGGCGUUGUCCAGUGGGUCGCUUCUUUAGCCAACGUGCCCAGCGCUGUGUGGACGCGUGCGAUCCUACCGAAACGAUCAAUAUUUGCGCCGGACUGAUCAAUAAUAUACUGCUACGACCACCGCUGUCGGAGUUUCCCUUCAGCUGUCGGCGCCAUUAUCAGUGCAUUGGCGGAAACAUGGUUUCGAGAGAGUGUCCGCCCGGGACGUUCUUCUCGCAACUUGCCCAAGGAUGUGGUUCAGUUAGGGAAGAAUUUUGCAUCCCAGAUUAAUAGAUAGUGCCCCGAUCGCUGUCGUUUCGUUUAAACAAUUGCGAUACAUGUGCUUACAUUAAAAAUAAAAUGUUACCACUGCUAUAAAGUUA